AUGGAUGAUGGGAUGGGAUGGGAUGGGUUGGUAGGCUGUGUUGUGAUUUUAAAUCGGUUUAAACUGAGAUUCUGUGUAUAUUUUACCAUUUCACACUUCCACUUCCACGCCCAACCCUUACUAGUACUAGUACCACGCUGUGCUGUGCUGUAA